AUGGAUGUAAUGUUUGCUCAUCAGCAGUCGAGCUUGAAUCUGAACGCCCCGAUGUUCGUCCCCAUGGCUUACCAGGCGGUGGAGGACUUCUCCAAACAGUGGUGGUCGUUCAUCCAAUCCUCCACCUGGUUCCGCGACUACUGGUUCCUGGAGCGCUACCAGGAUCCCCAAUCCGACUUCUUCCUCCCUGACGACCUUGAUUUCCUCGACGACGGCGCCGAUUUCCUCCGCUUCUCCGGCGGCAAAGAGAAGGCGGCGAAGAUUGUGAAUGUGAAGAUGAGUCCGAGGACGAUUCAGCAGCCGACGUAG